AGUGAAAGUACAAUGUUGAUAAAAUUAUAAAUGCCAACAGGCUGAACAGCUGUUUCCAUGUGUCGAGAUGGAACCUCAGGAACCUGUCCAGAAGUCAAGUGGUGGAUGGAAAGUGUGGAGGAUUAUCAAUCUGGUCCUGGGGGUGUUCUUCACCUUAGCUGCUCUUGUAAAUCUCAAUGAUGGUGACUGGUACCUGUGGGUGCCAAUUUAUGGAGUUUCUGCCCUGUUGUGUUUGCCAUUAGUAAUUAAACCACAGUGGUCAGUUAGUAAGGUGUGGAACACUGUGGUGACAAUUCACUUCACUUUUUGUGUGGCCUAUGCAGUGUAUCAAGUUGUACUGUUGUUUGAGGCCAUCAAAGGGGAAAGGCACAACCCUCUAGAGCACGAGGAAGGCAGAGAAACUGGAGGAUUGUUGAUCAUAAUUGCAUGGACUUCUAUUGCCAGAUUCACUACUAUCGGAAGACCAGUUCAUGCCAGUAACAAACAGAUGAUGAAUGCUUUGCUGCUGAUAACUGUGACCUUGACCUUUAUUCCCCUCUUGACCUGGUCUCUCUGUUAUGUAGGUGACUGGCACACCAAGCUGGGCCACUGUAAAGGAAUGUUUUGAAAGAGACAUUUCUUUUGACUGAAAAUUGAAAUAUGAGCAAUGUUGUUGUGCAAUGCAUUUUUCUUGAUCUCAUUUUCACAAAUUCCAUAAUUUUCAACAAUGUGCCAUUUACUAUUGUCACUAUCUCUUACUAAAUGUUAACUUGCCUUUGUAAUUAUCUGUAGGUCAACUAUUUAUAUAAAAUUUUCCUCCUUUGUACUGCGUAGGUUAACUAUACAUGUGUAAAAUGUUUCUCUUGUUAUAGACUAAAAGAAGUAUUUAUUAUAACUCAGUUGAAUACUACCUGUCUGAAAUCCUUACCGGUACUUAAUUUUCUGAAAUCCAUAAAUAUUUAACUUAUUCAGCAUUUAAGGAUAAAUAACACAAAGUCAAAUCAUUUAAUUUAUAUUCAUACAGAUAAUUUGAAUAAAGUUAGCCAGAGUAAAUGUAGAAAAUUUGUACAAUUUUGUAAUAUUUGUCAUAAAAUGUGUGCAAAACUUUGUAAAGAUUUAUACAGAAAAUGGCACAAAGUCACAUACCUAUAUUUGAUAACCAAGGAAAACAUACAAUUUCUUUCAAUUUUUGGAAUUUAUUAUUUAUAUCAUUUCUAUUCAAAAUCAGCCAUAAAAAUAUAUAUCAAUCCAUGCAUCACAUUUCUGUGAUAUUUAUCCUUAAAUAUAAAAACAGAAAAGUACAUGUGCCUUGUUGAUUGCUUUGAACGUAUGUGUAUGUGAAGAACCUACACAAAUGCAUACACCUUAAUUAAUAAAUACUCUUUCAGUUGUGUAUUGUACAUGAUGUUUCUAUAUAGUCAGAGGAUAUUUUUUGCCUACUUGAUGUUCAAGAAUUUAUGUUUUCUUUAUCAGUGAAUAAAGUAGUAAUGAUAAUAAAAUUG